GCAUGUUGUGCAGGCUCCGCUGUUGCUGUCGAACACAUCUUUUCCGCUGGCCAUGAUACUAUCUCUCUUCAGCAUGCUAGUCUCCAACCCAACACUAUCAGGACAUUGAUGUUGCUUAAGCAGCAUCUGCGCCUCACUCAUAAUGCUAUCACAGUGAUUGAUUGA